AGAAGAAGCGGCAUUUAAUUUAUUGAUUUGCACACUACUGAGAAUGCCCCCAUGGCACGCGAUGCAAGGCGAUUGUGAGUCGCCGGCCCCGAAACCAAGGACAUCAUUACCCCCCUCGCUGUAUUUGGUGAAGCGACUGUAACGUGUUUUCAUGACCAAAACAACAGCGGCUGUGUCGGCCCGUUCAAACCCAAACGGACAUCACACACAACACAAAAACUCACUCCGUGCGCGACAUUCAAAGCACUAAGUAUUCAUCAAUAUCAUCAGCAACUUUGUUAAGUGCCGUGCCGUGCCAUUGGGACUAGGAUUAGGAUUAGGAACUGCACUGCUACCACUAGGAUGUCGGUGGCUUCAGCAAAUGGCUACAUCGCCGGAAACGGCGGCGGCGUUGGUGGCGGCGGCAGCAUCAGCGAGACCGAUAAUGUAUCCGCCCUUGAACUGCAAUCGAAUCGACGGAUGCUGUACUUCAGUGACGGCGUCAUGGAGGAGCUCUCCUCAUCCAGCGAUAGCGAGACAGAGGCGGAUGUGCCCGACAAGGGCUACAAUGUACAGUUGGACGAGCGCGAAAUGGCGUUGGGGCCGCGCCUACGCUACAAGGCCAGCCGCAUGGGCAAUAAAUUCUUAGCCGGCAUCGACUAUGUGGGCGGUGGUUUGGCCUCCUUGCUGGGCAUCACCAACACCAAAUAUGCCACCGAAAUGGAGAGCUACCAAAGGGCCAAAAUCCAAGGCGACGAGGACCUUGACAAUAAUUGGACAUUGCCACAGCAGUUGCAGAACAACAAUCACAACAACAUGAAUCGCAACGAGACUGUCGUGCUGUGUGCCCCAGCACGCAGCGAGGGGGUACCGGCACCACAAGUGCCCCAAACCCAGCAGCAGGGCCCACAAUAGUAGGUGCUCGCUCACUCACUCGCUUGCUCAUCAGGUGGGAAAAAGCUCCGAGAGAGAGAGUGAGAGAGGGAAGAGAGAGUGAGAGAGAGAUUUUGAUACUCCUUUUUACAAAAUGGUAAAACCAAAACGCGGAUGAUAUUCAACUUUUCGACACAAUUUAUUCGCUAGCAAAUAAGUUAAAAUAAAAGAAAUACAAUUACUACAAA